UGAGAGCGCACAGCGCACAGCGCAUACAAUUGAAUGAAAACAAGCCAAAUGGCAUGAAAGAAGAAGAAGAAAAAAACAGAAGAAGAGAAAACUCUGGAGAGAACAAACUAGUAAGCAUUGGCGAGUGUGUUGUAGUGUAUUUUCCUCUUCUUUUGCUUCUUCAUCAUAAAGCUGACUCUUGGUUAGUUAGAAUGUUUUGUUUGGUUUGGUUGUAUUUGCUUCUUCGGUGUUGGGUCACACAAUUGCUGUAGGAAUUUACAUAUCGGCUUUCGUGUACCUUUCUUCCAUUUCUUCAUUCUGAUAAACUCAUUUACCGCUGUGUGCAUUUCGGUCGUACGCUUGUAUUCGUGGGAUCGCGCACUGUGUGUUGAUGUUGAUGUGUUCUUCGUCUUCGUCGAAACAGCAGCAGUAGCACGGCCAAAGUCUCGUUUUUGUAUUGGUAAACACAGAGAUAGAAUCGGUCGCAAUUGACGCGGAAACCAAGUGACUUAAAGUUCAAAACACACUCCGUUCGCUCAUUUGACUUUGGUGUGUUUUCUUUCAUCGCGUCGUGGUACUUCAGGAAAAAAAAAUACAGUGCAAUUUGGUACUUCGGUCGAUGCGUGCGUAAAUUGAAUUAUGUCGCACUGAACACUUGAUGGGCGAUUUCAUUUUGAACCAUUGUGACUUAAACGCACCGAACGGAGUUUAUUUUUGUAUAAAUUUUAUUUUUGUCGCAAGGAAAAAGAGUUGAAGUGAUGUGACGGAAACUUGUUUGUCAUUGAAUGAACGUGUUCUCCAGUGUGAUAACACUAAAAUAAUCAUUUGAUGCCAAUUUGCAUAUUGCAGAAAAAUAAACGGAGAGAGAGAGAGAGAACUUGACUGUCCAAAGUUGGCAAUUUAUUCAAAAGUGGUGUGGUCAUAAUCAUAAUCAAGAAAUAGACAUCUGCGACGCGCCCAUCGGACAUUCAGACACAAACAAGAAUAUUUCGAGUCAUAUUUUGUGGAGUCGUUUGUGUUAGCGUCAUCGCAAGUGCUGCAUUGUGAUUUUAUACAUUUUGUCUGGUUCAUCUGGAAUUUAGUGAAGUGAAAAUAACAAAAGACUGAGGCAAAAGAGAAGCGAAGAAAAAUUCCGAAAAUUAUAUACAUCGAGUUUGAAGAGUGAAGUGAGUGAGAGAUAGAGAAGAAAACCGAGCGGAAUGACCGCAUUUAGGAAAUUUCAUUUUAUUUUCGCUCGCUCGAUCCAUUGACCAUUCAAACGAUAAACAGUGAUAUUCGGUGAAAUGUGAGUGAAUGAGUGCAUUUUGGUGAAAUAUAAAGAAUCCCAAACGGAAAGCUAAGUAAAAAAAAAUUUGAAGCAAAAAAAAGAUCACACAGGCAUCAUCAUCAUCAUCAUACAAAGAGUAAUAACAUUAAACCAAUGGUGCGGCAUGUGAUCAUCCGCAAUAACUCACAAAAUUGAAAACAAAAGAAUAUGAUUACGCAGUGACGGAUCAUUUCUUAAGCAGGCACAGGCAAAAAGAUGAUGAAAGGGAAACAUUCAAACUAUACGUGACGAAAGAAACAACUUAGUUACUCCGACUAUUUACCAUACACACUAGAGAUAUACACACACACACACACACACACUCACUCACCGAAGAAAAAAAAAACUAAAACAAAAAAGCCAAAUCUCUCAUUGACGAUCAUUGCAAAUCAUCUUUCAACGGAUUGUUAUGAAACAAUUGGCACCGAUGCACCUCUUGUGAUGUCUAUAUGAAUCAUAGUAGUGAUUGAAUUGUUGAUCAAUAUGAAACGUUGAAAACGAAGGAGAAAAAACAAGCAGCAACGCAACGAAUAAUUGAAAUUGGCCAUUUAUAUAAACAGAUUUUUCAUUUUCUUCUCUUCGCUUCUCUCAUCAAGCCGAUUCGGGGCUUUGAUCAGUGUGUAUCCAAACGCAUUUGUUCCAUUAUCAUUUCAGCAAAAAGGCUCAGGCUCAUUUAUUGUUCAUAUAGUGCACAGAUUAGUUGAUAAAUUAAUAAAGCGAAAGUUGUAGAAAAAAAACAGACAUUAAGUAAAAUGUUAGUCAAAAUGGUGAUCGGGGUGUUUAUAGCGUUGGUGCCAUUAUUUUGUGAAUUCGAUCGUUUCUUUGUCAACAGUCAACUGAUAAAUAAACCACCAUAUUUUAUACCCGGAUCCGGUGAUAUGUCACGGUUUAGUCUGAACGAAAAUACACCUAUCGACAGCCCAGUCUACCAAUUAAAAGGAACUGAUCCAGAUGGUAGUCUCAUUCGAUACAGUAUUUCCGGUCCGGUAUUUAGUGUGGACCGUGAAACAGGAGUGGUGCGGCUGCGACAAGAGCUUGACAGAGAAAAGCAAGACACAAUCGAAGUCAUUAUCAGUAUAACAGAUGAAAGUAUUUUCGGCGUUGAACCAAAUACCGUGUCGUUGCGACGUGAAAUCACGGUGAAAGAUUUUAAUGAUAAUGCGCCCCAGUUUAUUGGGCGACCUUAUUCGACGAGCGUCAGCGAAGAAACGCCAAUCGGUAGUAUUAUUGAAGUUUCACCAAAUAUUAUGGUCACCGAUCCGGAUGAAGGGAAAAAUGCUCAAGUUACACUCGCCUGCAUCGCCACCGAUGGUGACUUCGAUGAUAUUUGCGACAUUUUCGAUGUGGUCACCGAUCGCAUUAGCGACGGUAAUUUCACUGCAAUCAUCACACUAAUGAAACCACUUGAUUUUGAAUCACGGUCAUCAUAUAUUUUAACGCUGCAAGCACAAGAUGGUUCCAAAACUAAUCCGCUGUCAUCGGUAGCCACGAUUUCGAUAAAUGUGGUUGAUAAGCAAGAUCAAGCUCCAAUUUUUUUAAAUGCACCGUAUUCGGUGACAAUACAAGAGAAUAUGCCCGAAGACUCACUCGUGUUGACGGUUAUCGCACAAGACGGAGACACGGGUAAUCCAAGACCUAUUUUACUAUCGCUUGAAGAUGAAGAUAAAGGUUAUUUUAAAUUGGAACAAAUCUCAUCGAAUGCCACGGCUGUUCUAUACACAACUGAUAUUCCGAUCGAUCGAGAAGAUAUGGAUAUUUUUCAAAACGGUGGCGUUUAUUCGUUCUAUAUCCGAGCCACUGAACUCAUUAACGGCGAACUUCCUGCUGACUAUUCUAUAACACAAGUUACUGUUGUUAUUACCGAUGUAGAUGAUCACAUGCCCGAGUUCAACGAACAACAUUUCGAAAUCGAUGUGCCUGAGAAUUUGGGAAAAGGUACACCGUUGCCCGGUUUGUCGAUAUAUGUGGAUGAUAAAGAUUUGGGAAUGAAUAGCCAAUACAAUUUAUCACUGACAAAUAUUUUGAAUGCUGAAGACGUAUUUGAAGUCAGUCCAAAAAGUGGCUUUGCAAAAACUCCGAUCGUUGUUAAGGUACUGGACCCAUCGAAAUUGGACUAUGAUGUAGACAAUCCCGAUUUGCGCAUUCUUAAAUUCGAUUUGAUAGCAUCAGUGAAUGGCGUUAGACUGUCGAGUGCAAGUGUGACGGUUUAUUUGCAAGAUGUUAAUGACAACGGUCCAAUAUUUGAUAAAUUAACCUAUGAUUUUUCGGUGAGUGAAAAUGAUGAAAUCGGAACGAAAAUUGCCGAUUUAUCGGCCACUGACAAAGACAGUGGAAAAUUUGGUAAAAUCACGUACGUGCUGAAAGGAUUUGGAUCGGAGAAUUUCCGAACGGAGAAAUACACCGGCGGACUGUAUGUGAAGAAAAACCUAGAUUAUGAAAACCAAAAGAGUUACAGUUUGUCCAUUGUUGCCAUCGAUGGUGAUGGCUGGGAAACCAAUGCAAAUAUUCAGAUUUUUGUCCUUGAUGAGAAUGACAAUGCACCGAUUUUCGAGUCAUCCGAGUACACACGAACCAUUCGUGAGGGCGCCACGGAAUUUGAGCCUGAAUUUUUUGUUCGGGCUAUUGAUAUCGAUGGGCCACAGCAAGGCAACGGGAAUGUGGCUUAUUCAAUUGACACAGAAAAUAGUGUAUCGGGCCAUGUGUUUUCGAUCGAUGCUGAAACGGGUGAAAUCAAAAUUGAAAGUCCCGUCAGCUCGGUGGACACAGAACGCGGUCAAUAUGAACUUGUGGUUACGGCUACUGAUUUUGGAACGCCAGCGUUGAAGAACACAACUCGAGUACUCAUCCGUGUCGGUAUAUCGGGCAAUCAGCGACCGAUAUUCAAGAAAAGAUUCAGCAGUGUCGAUAUGAAUGAAUUACCUGGGCCAACACGAUACAAAGUGUCAAUCCCAGAAAAUGCUCAGCCCGGCUACAAUGUAACAACCGUUUCAGCUACCGAUCCCGAUGGACUCGACAUUUUACUCACAUAUCGCAUUGUUGGCGCCAACGAUAACUUCGUCAUUGAUGAACAAACUGGUUUGGUCUCAGUGUCAACAGUUGCACGGUUGGAUCGCGAUACAAAUCCACAUGAAUAUUCCCUGAUCUUAAACGCCGUUGAUGCUGGCUAUCCGAUUAGUGAAACCGGAACCGCGACACUGCUCAUUCAAGUUAGCGAUGUAAAUGAUAAACCGCCCAAAUUUACGCAAUCCAGUUACACAGCGUAUGUGUCUGAGCGAACGCCAAUCGGAAGCGAAGUUUUGCAACCGUCUGCAAUCGACACGGAUGUCGAUGCAAAGCUGAUCUAUUCAAUAAUCGAUCCAAUCGAAGCGGCAUCAAAAACGGGAAUUCAAUUAACAUCAAUCGCAUCGUAUGAUUAUCGAACAGCAUUUCGAAUUGAGUCAACAAGCGGAAAAAUCUUUGUAAACAAUACACUAAAUCAUGAUUUAGCGGCUGAAAUCACCGUUACCGUUAAGGUUGUCGAUGGGAAUGCCGUUUAUAAUAAAGAAAAGCAAACGGCCAAAACUGAAGUGACCAUUUUCAUUCAAUCGUACAUCGAUACGAAUCCAAUAUUCAAGAAUAAAGGAUGGGUCAGCAGCAAUCCCAUCGUUAAGGUCAAUGUAAAAGAAGAGAUGCCAAUCGGAAGUACGCUCUUCAAAUUGGUGGCCGAAGAUCCAGUGAUGGAACAAAAGAUAAAUCAUUUCGAAAUUGUUGAAGCGGAUCAAUACCAGUUUUUCAGUUUGAAUGAAAAAACCGGUGCUAUUAUGUUGGAGAAACGGUUAGAUUAUGAGGCAUUAAACGAGACUGUAAUUCAAUUUACUGUCAAAGCAAUCAGUGCGGAUGAGAAACGGGCGUCCGUAAGCAAAGUUAAAGUUACGAUCGAAAAUGUAAACGAUAAUUCACCGGAAUUCGAUCAGAAAACCUACAAAGCGGUAAUUAAGGAAAAUUCCAAAUAUCCAGAGAACAUUCUCACCGUGCAUGCAAAAGACAAUGAUGCUGAAUGGACCCACCAAGAUCACGAUAUUGGAUUUCGAAGAGUUCGUUACUCGUUGUCGGGAUCGAAUGCUGUGAAUUUCAUAAUUAACGAAGAAACGGGCUUGAUUCAAAUUGCUCCAAAUCAAACGAUUGACAGGGAAAAAACAUCAGAAAUGAAAUUCAUUGUGGUUGCCGAAGAUGCGGUAGGAAAGCCAACGGAAACACGAAGAAACUCGGCCGAAGUUACAGUGACCAUUUUGGAUGAAAAUGAUAAUGCGCCAAGCUUCACGCAAAAGUCAUACUCGGCGGUGAUUCCCGAAAGUGCCGCCAUCAAUACCUUCGUCUUCAAUAUAAGUGCGGUCGAUCCAGACGAUGGUCCAGGUGGGGAGAUUUUCUACGACUUUUUAAUCGAAGGCGAUGCAAUUAGUUUACUCAAAAUUAACCCGAAAACCGGCGAAAUUCGAACGAGAGCACCACUGACUGGCAAGGGACGUUCCCAUCCAUAUGACAUGGUAAUCCGUGCUCAAGACAAUGGCGGCCGUGUGGAAAAACAGAAAUCCCUCUUCAACGAUGCACCAUUUGUGCUGUUCAUUGGCGAUGUCAUUUCAAACUAUGCACCAUUCUUCAUAGCUCCGAAACUCGGACAAGUCGCAAAUAUUACCGAGAAUGCUACCAUUGCAACCCCUGUAUUCCAAGUGAUUGCAAGCGAUCCGGACAAUGAAAUGACACCGAGUGGAACGCUUUCAUUCCGUAUUCAAGAUGACAUUGAAGAUGCGUCUGCAUUUAAAAUUGAUCCAACGACUGGUUUGAUUACGACGCUAAAGUCGUUGGAUCGCGAAACAAAAGCCACUUACAAAAUUAUUAUCGAAGUAUCCGACCAAGGUCAACCACCACAAUCGGUCACACGAGUGUUACGAAUUAAUGUGCUGGAUAUCGAUGAUCAUCGUCCGAGAUUUGCUAGAGAAAUCGAAUCCCUGCCGGUUGAUAUGUCCAUGUUGGAAGAGCAGCCGCCUGGUUCGAUUGUCGGUUACUUGCAAGCAAUCGACGAAGAUAUAAACGAGAAUGGAGCUAUUGACUACGUCAUAAUCGAUGGAAAUCAAGAGAAUUUAUUCACCAUCGAGCGAUUGACCAACAAUACAGCUGUUGUGCGUUCAUUGCAACAGUUUGAUCGUGAAAAGGUGGCAUCGUAUUUGAUAACGGUUAAAUGUUUCAAAUACGGGACGCCGCAUGCAGCCAUCGCUCACAAGUCUUACACCCGAAAGGAUUUCUCUGAAAUCGAAGUGCACGUCAAAAUCAUCGAUGUGGACGAUCAUCUGCCGGAGUUCAUAGAGAAAAAUCCAUCAUUUGGCGUUCGCAUGAAUGUUCCAAUCGAAUAUCCAUUGACGAUUGUCAAAGCCGUGGACAAAGAUCCCGACGCCCAACCACUAUUCUAUCAAAUAGUCAACAUCACAUUCGUUCCACAAUUUUAUAAACGUGACAACAGUUCCGUUGAAAAUGUUAAAGACCUUUUCAUUUUGAAUAAUGCAACAGCUGAACUACGAACCGCAAAGAGUUUAGCCGACUUUGUUGAUGGCUAUUUCGAGAUUUUGGUUCGAGUCAACAACAUCGAUCAAGUACGACGGGUGCGACAUAACAAAGUGAAGAUUUUCGUUAUUCGUGAUAAAUCCCUACUGAGAUUUGUAUUCGCCAAACCACCAACCGAAGUCAAAGAAUUCAUCGAUGAAUUUGCAAACGCUGUUCAAGCCCGACUGCAGGCUACCGAUUUGGAACUCGAUAUUUUAGACACAAAAGUACUCACCAAAUCCGAUCAAACAUUCGAUUUUUCAGCGACGAGCUCAUGCUUCCAAUUAUCACGACAUGGAUCCGUGUUACCACCACAUGAUAUGCAAAUAAUUAUGGAUUCGGAAGAAAUGAAGCAAUCUUUGGUCGAUCUCUUCGAAAAGUAUUCGGUCAGUGCGAUUGAUUCAUGCGCGGUAAAGAAAACGGUUACAGCAGCCAGUGUGAUUGCAUCGGCCGGUACGUGGCUCGUCAUUUUAUCGGGUGUCAUUGGAAUAUUCGCAUUGGUAGCCACAUUUUCGGCAUGCUGUUUGGCAAAGAAGUACAAAGAUCAAUCGAAGCAAUUAUUGGGUAGUAAUCGAACACCACCUGAAUCAUACGGACCCGGAACGUCAAUUUUAUACACAGAACCAAUUUAUGGGCCACUUUAACUGCCUUGCCUUAUUUUAGAAAACAAAAAUCGAUUAAAUGAAAUGUGUUUGUGAUAUAAUAAGUGUACAAUAUUGGAGAACGGAUCGAAUUUUUGUAUUCGCAGCAGAAUGUUUUGAAAAAAAAAGUUUGUUUUAAAAUGCAUUUAUUUUAUAUUUGUACAGUUUAAGGUUGAUUUAGUUGUAAAUAAAAUGAGUCAAUAGAGAUUAAGAAUGAAAA